CAUAAAAUAGGUAAAAAUGUUACCCCACUUUCCCAUAUGAUGAUUUAUAAAUAUUAGUCAGUAGAUUUGACAUUGACAACAGCUUGACAAAUGACAAGCUUUGGUAAACGGGAAAACGACAAAAAGAAAAAAAAAGAGUUGUGGAAAUGGUCGAGUAUAAAUGUAAACAGAAAAUUAGGAAUAGAUUUAUCUGAUUAAUCUAUUAAUUAAAGUAUUUUUUCAAGCUUUAAAAUAUAAAUGAUAUAGCUAACACUACGCUAUGCAUAUAAAGCAGGUUAUUAUUCAGGGCUUUAAGAGUUACAGAGACCAGACGGUGGUAGAGCCGUUUGAUAAAAGGCAUAAUGUAGUUGUAGGACGUAACGGCUCUGGAAAAAGUAAUUUUUUCUAUGCUAUACAAUUUGUACUGAGUGAUGAGUUUGCACAUCUUCGACCAGAGCAAAGACAAGCUCUUUUACAUGAAGGGACGGGUCCUAGAAGCAUUAAUGCAUAUGUAGAAAUUAUUUUUGACAAUGCUGAUUCAAGAGUCCCAAUUGAACAUGAAGAAAUAUUUUUGAGACGUGUUAUCGGAGCCAAAAAAGAUCAGUAUUUCCUUAAUAAGAAAGUGGUUCCAAGAUCUGAAGUGAUGAAUUUAUUGGAAUCUGCAGGUUUUUCAAAUUCUAAUCCAUAUUACAUUGUAAAACAGGGAAAGAUCAACCAAAUGGCUACUGCUCCUGAUGCCCACAGAUUAAAGUUGCUUCGCGAAGUAGCUGGAACCAGGGUAUAUGAUGAAAGAAGAGACGAAUCGAUGGGUAUUUUACGAGAAACGGAAGUAAAAUGUCAAAAAAUUGAAGAAUUCUUACGCACCAUUGAAGAACGUCUAAGUACUUUAGAAGAAGAAAAGGAAGAACUGAAACAAUACCAACAUUAUGACAAAAUACGUAGAGCUUUGGAGUACAUCAUUCAUGAAGUUGAAUUGAAUGAAAACAAGAAAAAACUUACAGAGUUGGAGAAACAAAGAAAUGAAUCUGGUACGGAACAAGAAAAACUUGCAGGCAACUUGAAAAAAGCACAGGACAACAUAAAGACAUUGACUAAAAAAACAAAGGACACCAAAAAGGAAUUGACUGCUUUAAAAGAAGAAAGGGACAUUUUAAACAAUGACAACCAGCAUCUCAUCAAGGAAAAGGCUAAGCUUGAUUUAACCAUUAAAGAUUUAUCUGAAGAAGUCCUUGGUGACAAUAAAUCUAAGGAAAGAGCUGAAAAUGAACUAGCACGUCUGAACCACUCUAUAAAGGAAAAAGAAGCCGAAUUAGAAAAGGUCAAACCCCAAUAUGAUACGAUGAAAAAACGAGAAGAAGAAUGCACUAGAGAGCUGGCGCUCAAAGAACAAAAGAGAAAAGAAUUGUACGCCAAGCAGGGUAGAGGCAGUCAGUUUACCUCGAAGGACGACAGAGAUAGAUGGAUUGAAAACGAAUUAAGGUCUCUGAACAAGCAGCUCAAAGACAAGAAAGAUCAUCGUGAUAAAUUGGAGGCCGAUUUGAAGCGGGACGCUCAAAAGACCGUAGAGUUGACGAAGAAGAUCGAAGAGCAAUCGCAGGAGUUGGAGAGGCAGAAGAAUUUUAUCGAUGAACAUAAUAAGCAGUGUUACGAGUUGAAGAAAAAUAAGGAUCAGUUUCAAGCCACGAGAAACGAACAUUGGCGUAAAGAGAACAACGUACAACAAAAUUUAUCCUCUCUAAAGGACGAGCUAUCCAAAGCUGACCAAAAACUGCGCUCAAUGGUCGGCAAACCCAUCCUAAACGGACGCGACAGUGUCCGCAAAGUACUGGACACUUUCAUAGCUAGAGGUGGCAGAGAAGCGGACGUCGCAAAACACUAUCACGGACCGGUCAUCGAGAAUUUCGAAUGCGAAAAAAGCAUCUAUACAGCCGUCGAAGUAACGGCCGGUAACAGAUUGUUCCAUCACGUGGUCGACACGGACAUGAUCGGUACGCAGCUCUUGAAAGAGAUGAACAGACAAUCGCUGCCCGGCGAAGUUAAUUUUAUGCCUUUGAAUCGAUUGAAUGUUAGAGAUCAGGAUUAUCCGAAUGAUUCGGAUGCAAUACCGAUGGUAUCCAAAUUGCAUUACGAUCAAAAAUAUGACAAAGCCAUGCGGUAUUUAUUCGGAAAAACCUUAAUUUGCCGUAACAUGGAAGUGGCUACCAAACUGGCCCGUACAACCGGUCUGGAUUGUGUAACACUCGAUGGAGAUCAGGUAUCUUCAAGAGGUUCUUUGACUGGCGGAUACUUCAACGCCUCCAACAGCAGAUUGGAAACGCAAAAAACUCGCAGCGAAACCAUCGAUCAAAUACGGCAGUGCGAACAGGAACUGAAAACGCUCAGAAACGAAUUGGGAAAAAUCGAAACUUCUAUAAAUGGAAUCGUUUCCGAAAUGCAGAAAACCGAAACGAAAAACAGCAAGGCCAAAGGAAUCUAUGACAAAGUAAAAGGGGAAUUACGAUUGAUGCGCGAAGAACUGUCCAACAUCGAACGCUUCCGAGGUCCCAAAGAGCGAUCGCUGCUGCAAUGCAAAUCCAGUUUAGAAGCCAUGCAAACGACCAAAGAGGGAUUGGAAUCCGAGUUGCAUCAAGAAUUGUUGGCCCAAUUAUCCGUGCACGAUCAAUCGCAAGUCGAUUCUCUAAACGACGACAUCCAAAGGCUGCAGAAAGAGAACAAAGAGGCGUUCAGUACCCGUAUGAAAUUGGAAGCGGAGAAAAAUAAGUUGGAGAAUUUAUUGACAAACAAUUUGAUUAGACGUCGAGAUGAAGUUUUACACGCUCUUCAAGAAAUAUCUCUGGAGGAUAGGAAACGUCAUCUGACCAAUAGCAAAACGGAAUUAGACGACAUCGACAAGAAGAUUGAUAAAGUUAAUAAGGAACUGACUUCUGUUGAAAAUAAAGUCAAGGAAAUGACUAAGAAAAUGAGAAGCGAGCAAAGCGAAUUGGAAAGUUGGAAGAAAAAGGAAAAAGAUGCCCAAGAUAGGAUCGACGAAGACGCCAAGCAUUUAGAGAAGUUCGCUACGAAGCAGAACCUUUUGGAGCAAAAAAUCGCCGAAUCAGUGGAAAAAAUCAACCAACUGGGAGCUUUACCUGCCCAAGAUAUGUAUUCCAGCUACGUCAAAAUGUCUUCUAGAGCGCUAUUCAAAGAACUGGAAAAGGCCAAUAAUAAAUUGAAAGCGUUCAGCCACGUCAACAAGAAGGCCCUCGAUCAGUUUAUGAGCUUUUCCGACCAAAAGGAAAAGCUGCAGAAGCGGAAAGAAGAAUUGGACAGGGGAGACGAGAAAAUCAAAGAACUGAUCUCCAUGCUGGAACAGAGAAAAAUGGAAGCGAUCCAGUUCACUUUCAAGCAGAUCUCGAAGUACUUCACGGAGGUGUUCAAGAAAUUAGUACCCGCCGGUCGCGCCAAGCUGGUAUUGAAGACGAACGACCACGAAGAAGGACACGAAAUCGGACCGGACGAUAACAAUGCCGAUAAUUUCAUCGGGAUAGGCAUCAAGAUCUCGUUCACGGACGCCGACCACGAGAUGAAGGAAAUGAACCAGUUAUCCGGUGGGCAGAAAUCUUUGGUGGCCUUGGCUCUCAUUUUCGCUAUACAAAAAUGCGAUCCAGCGCCUUUCUACUUGUUCGACGAAAUCGAUCAGGCCCUGGAUCCUUCUUAUAGGAGAUCUGUGGCCAAUAUGAUCCACGAAUUAUCCGGUGAAGCACAGUUCAUAACCACCACGUUCAGGCCAGAAUUAUUGGAGCACGCCAACAAAUUCUACGGGGUUAAAUUCCGAAACAAAGUCAGUCACGUGGAAUGUGUCAGCAGAGAGGUAGCCAGAGAUUUCGUCGAGGACGACCAAACACAUGCUUAAAUAUUUUUAUUUUCAAGUAGAAUUAGGUUAAUUUUUAAUUAUGAACUUUAUUUUAUAAAAAAUACAUUUAAUUUUUAAUAAAACUGCUUUUUUGUUGAUGAAAGUUUUAUUUCAACAUACUUUUUUUUAUCACAAAUUAAAUUUAAAUACAUUCAAAAUAUUUCAAAAAUACUACAAUUUGUUAACCAAAAUUUAUACAAAAUUUUAGCGUAUUUAUAAGGCACACAUAUAAAUUGUUUAAAAAAAUUCGUGUAAUUACAAUAAAAAAAUUGUACAUUCAAAGUAUAGUUCACAAACUUAUUACUUAAUUUUGUUAGGCCCCACGUUGGGCGCCAAGUCGAUAAAAUCGAUUUAUAAGUUCAUAAGAACCAUACUCUCAAGUAAAUUCACAAGUGUUUACGUACAUAUAAUUGCAGUUACAAGUUUUUACAUCGAUUUAAAUAAAUAUAAUUUAAAAAUUCUACACUAACCUGUGAUAUAUCACAUAAUUUACAAUGAGCAGCCAAUUUACCUAUUAGGGCACUUAUAUUUAAAACUAUAAAAAAUUUCCUACAUUAUAAAACUAACCGAUCUUAAAUAUACAUAAAAAAAUCUACUGGGAUUAAUCGAUAAAUAAAAACAAACUAGAAGGCUGAUAAAAAUUAGUUUUAUAGAUAAUUUAGCACAUUUUAAGAUAAUACGGCAGAGUAUAAAAAUUUAGUUUAGCGGAAUGUGGGUAUAAAUAUUUAAACCCUAUAAAAAAUUAUAAUACAUAUAAUAAAUUAAAUAAAGAUAGGAAUUAAUUAUUAAUAGCAAGAAAACACGAAGAAAAGGAGCAGACUAGAUUUGGGCGAUAGACUUUCUGCUCCAGUCACCCCAAAAUAAUACAUAAAAAAAUUAUUUAUUCUUCUCCCGAGAGAAAUAAGUUAAUCGAUUUGAAAAAUGAUAAUUUGCAAAUUGCUUUUUGUAUAAAUAUAAAUACAAAUAAAAUGUAUAAAAAAAAAGGUUGAAGAGGCUUUUUUUACUAUUGACCCAGAAAAUUCACACAUUGUUUUACAAAAUUUCACAGUAAUUGAAAAAACAAAAAUACUAUGCUAUCACACACAUCUACACAAUGAGAAAACUUUAUCACAGCAUCUUAAGGUGAGAUUAAGACUUCUAUUACAGAGAUUAUUCGUUACAGUUUCAAAAUUUCAGUACUCGAUAUGUCAAUUUGAAAAAUCCCAUUAUUUAUUGUAAAUUCCAUUUGAAUAGUAAAGAGUACAUUAUAA